GCAGUGCUCGACUUGCCGGCAGCUUUGUUGUGGGGAAGAGCAGCCCCUUCCCUGCCACCAAGGACUUUGUUGUUGGACCUCGAUGGUGUGGAGAUGUGGGAGAGAUUGUAGGAGCUCUGAGGGAGGAGGGCAGCUGCCCUCCUGCCAUGCAGCCUCAAAGGGUUAACAGGUCCCGGGGAGCCUGGAGGGACCGUUCACACCCUCUGCCCAAUCCUGGGAAUCCCUCUGUGCUAAUUGAGCACUAACCAGAUCAAAGACUCCAAUCAGGCAAUCAACACCCCCCUGGCCCCUGUCUUCAGGUCCCCAGCCCAGGCUGCUCUUUGUCUGCGGGAAGGAGAGCAAAGCAAUGUGGCUUCUCCCCACGCACGCCAGCUUUAGGGCCGGCCUUGCCUGGGCUCUCUUUAGCGUGGUCCUGGGGAUGGAGUUAAGUUUGCAGGAAAGUUUACUGUUAAAAUCCUUGGGUUUGAGCGCCAAGCCCAGCCCCAAAACCCCCGUUCCUGUGCCGUCUGUGCUCUGGAGGAUCUUCCAGAAGAGAAAGACGCUGCCUUCUACAAACAAAGACCUGGCAGAUGCUUGUAGGGUGGAGGAAUUUAAUGUCCCUGGGAACAUCAUCCGUGUCUUCGCUGACCAAGGCCACUUCAUUCAUAACGGGCAGCCCCAGAGGUUGCUGUGUCUGCAGAAGCGUCUGUACUUUAACCUCUCCGUGCUGGAGGAGGGCGAGCUCUUGACGAUGGCUCAGCUAGAGAUCAAAUUCAGCCACAACUCCUACCACACCUCCAGCCAGGGGCAGGUUUUUGAGCUGAGGCUCUACCAAACCUCCCAGAUGUCUCUACGGGGGAUGCCCUCCUACGAGCACGGCCGAAAGCUGCUGGUGGAGCAGUCCUUCGCCCAGCUGCACAAGUCUCUUCUCUUCAACCUGAGCGGGGUGGCGAAGGACUGGAGAACGUACAGCAGGAAUCUGGGCUUGAUCCUGGAGAUCUCAGUGAGCGGCGGCGAUGGUGCAUCAGCCCUGGCGAGCCGGGGGCUGCAGAGCCUCUGCGCCAGCAUCGACUCCUUCCUGGACACCUCUCUCCUGGUGGUGACCCUCAGCCAGCAGCAGUGCAAGGCUUCCAGGAGGAGGAGAAGUGCUCACUACACCCCCGUCACUCCGAGCAACCUCUGCAAGCCCAGGCGGCUUUACAUCAGCUUCAGCGACGUUGGCUGGGAGAACUGGAUCAUCGCCCCACAGGGCUACAUGGCUAAUUACUGCCUGGGUGAGUGCCCCUUUCCCCUGACAGCGGAGCUGAACAGCACCAACCAUGCCAUCCUCCAAACCAUGGUGCACUCGCUGGACCCGGAGGGGACCCCCCAGCCCUGCUGCGUCCCCGUCAGGCUGUCCCCGAUCUCCAUCCUCUACUACGAUAACAACGACAACGUGGUGCUGAGGCACUACGAGGACAUGGUGGUGGAUGAGUGUGGCUGCAGAUAGCGGAGCGGCUGGGGGAGCGUGUGCCCUGGGGUCCCGUCUGAAGCGUUGAAUGAUUGAUGGAAUAAAUCCA